UAAAACAGACUUGUAAUCUAAUUGCUAUAAUAUAACAAAGGGGACACAAUUCAUUCAUGCAUACGAGGUUAGUUAUUGAACAUAAUAUCCAACAGAAAGCCAAUAAAGAUCAUUAAAAUUCAACAAAAUAUAUUAUGACUCACCAAGUGACACUAGUAUUGGAUUAUUGGUGUGUGAAGGGAAUUUCAUUACACUACAACAUGUACAAGAGUCACAAACGGCACAAAUGAAGUGCAUAUAUUCAUAUUUUAAUUCUUAAAAUUAGGCUUGAUGGUGAUAUGAAGGUUUGUUGAACGUAUGUUUAUGUUUGAGGACUUACAAAUAAGUACUUAUAGUGUCCAUUUGGUGUAUUUCCCAACUUGUAAUUGACUAAAUCAAUUGGUGGUGUCAAAAAAGUAACCAGCAGAUUAAUCACUGAGCAAAGUUUAUGUUCAUUUCCCUGAAGACUGAUAAGAGGACAUUCAUUAUGUGAGAGAAAUCACCGGAAAUCAGACUCCUUGACGCUUUCAUUUUUUUUUUUAUUUAUUUUUUUUUUUAAAGAAAAUGAGGUUAAGCUGAUAUUGUAGCGUGAUGAUAAGGGAAGAGAAAAGGGGUGUGGUUUGCUCGGGUUGGUCGGACGCUCGCGAGAGGACGGCGCUGAGGCUGCAAACGUCAGAGAGUCUCUGUGCUUUCACACGGACAGAGGAUGUGAGAGAGACAGACCUGCACGAUGGAGACCUUCAUCCAUCUUUACCUGAACCCGAUCGACGGAAGUGAAGCCAAAAUGUGACCGUCACGGAGCGUCAUUGUUUGGAUCGCUCCAGCCUUAGCAACUCUUGUUUCUAUAGCAACAGAAAUAUCAUUUUAUCCUAAAAAGUCCUAUCCCUACAAUGCAGUCCUCUAGCUGCUCCUCCCAGGCUUCAAAGCCACGGCGCUUUGACGUCAGCAGACGGACCAGUACCUUAGCUGGACCAAAGUCUCACGGUCCUGGUGCUCAGAAAGAGGAUAAAAACAUGAACAAAAUCAAGACAUCAUCCCCACGCCGGGUUGUUAAAGUUACCCCUGCUCCCACCAGGACCAGGGUGGGGGUGCAACCACGAGUUCCAGUCAACCCAUCCAGGUUUGGCCCUCAAAAACAGGCUUCCACCAUCUCCAAACCAGUUAAGCCCAAGCCCAAGAUUUUGCGUGCAUCAGCAGCAACCAAAAUUGCACCUGCAGCCGUUCCUUCUCCUCCUCUUCCAUCUGUUCUCCCUCUUGACCCAAACUGCAAUGAGCCGAGCCUCCCGUGCCUAUGCUGUGAUGGACGCUCCCCACAAGACAACAACAGUAUGUUCAACCAUAACCACAACAACAACAACACCAUCUCUCUCAGACAGCAGCUCCGGCUUCCUCCUCCUCCGGGCCCGUUGCCCCAGAGGCAGAAUGGGACAGGGCCAAAAGAGCAACCUCAACCUCCAUCGCAAGCUCAGUCCCAGGUGGAAUUACCUGUUUGCCCCGCUGCCAGCGCGGAGAACAAAGACAAGAGCGGAGAUAAAAACUCUGAUCUGGACAACAAGAAAAAUGUAAAGAUAGAGGAAGAAGAUGACGAAGAUGAGAGCAGUGGGGAAAUUGAUGACGACGACGAUGACGACGAUGACGACGAUGAUGACGACACUCUUGUCCCUUCGUGCUGUGACGGUCCCCCAUCUCUCCUGGAGUUCUCUCUCACCUCAUCUACCUCUUCGUCCUCCACUUCCAUCAGCUCCUGCUCUGAUCUGGAAUGA